AUCGUUCUGCACAAGGAAUAAAAAUGGCGCGAAAAUCAGAAGAUAUUUAUGGGGCAAGGUUCUGGAUAAAGGUCUGGGGGGAGAGGGCUUCCGUUCCGCCACAGAGAGGGGAGAGGUAUUACCAACGAGUGAUGGAGGGCAUGACGGAGAGCGAGGUAGCAGGGCUGGGUGUCGGCGCCCUUCUAUUUCUGGCCACCAUGGCCGCUCCCAAGGUCGACGCCUUCAUCGCGUCUUCCCAGAGGAGCUCUUUAGGUAUGUGCACGAGAUGUGGUGAUCUUAAAGUAAUUGCAUGUUCAACAUGUAGAGGACAGGGUUUGGUUCAGGCAGGGUCCUUCAGUAUGGUCAAUGAUAUCUUAGGACCACUUGGAAAUACAGCCUCAGAAUCAAAGCCUUGUCCUGGUUGUUCAGCCAGAGGUUGAUAUUGUAAUCUGUACUCAAUAUGAGACACAGUCGUGGUGACCCAGCCCUCAAUGGAAGUGCUGAAUGGUUCAGAUGCUAUUCCUAUAUGGUUGGUUGAGCGGCUGACAAACUAACACUCUUUUAUAUGGCUUCUGUAUGUCUCAUAUUGUUAUUUAUUUCUCAGUGAUGUUCAGAACUUACUCUCUAUCUAGAGCUUUGAGGCGAGAAAUAAAUCCUAUUGUACAAAAUUAAGGAUGCCGUGUUGUUUAAUAAUAUAUUUCAUUGUUCGUGAUAA